AUGUGGAAGGUGAGACCCGGUGGCUCAUGGUUCAUCAUACGUAAUCCACUUCAUCUUUUUGGCGAGGCUAUUCUGAUCAAAAUCAAGGGGAGCUGUGAUGGGGGACAAUUCCACAAGACUCCAAAGGUAAGAGCUCUACCGGUGGAAUUGCGUUGUGGUGUGGAAGAAGGAGACUUCACGGCGAGGAACGAAAGAGAAAGGUGGUUAGAUUCGGAGUGUGGCGACGCAGGAGAUUUCACGGGACUAUUGGUUCCUGGGGGAGGUCGUCUGUGGUCCGGUGAAGCUAUGCCACCAUCGGUUAUCUUCUUUCUCCGGCUCUUCUUUGGCGGGAUGAUGACGGAUCUUGUGUCACCAUCAUCGUUCGGCUUACGACGUCCUGGCUCGUCGAAGAUCCUCUUUUCCGAUGAGUAUGCGCAAUUCUAG